GUUUCAUGCUCGAGGAGGACGAUGGGUUGCGUCUUCAGUGUCUAAGAAGGCUCACCGUCUACUAUGAGCCAUUCGACAACUCACAGGACAUUUCCGAGGCCGAUGGGUACUCGCGAAUCGCCAGCGUCUUGGAAAGGGCACGCAACCUGAGGGCGCUCCACGUGAAGGGCAUAGAAACACUUCUGACGAGUCAGAACGGGCAUAUCCUCGGCAACGCCAUCGCGUUACUAAAUCAUCUUCAAGAAGUCGUCCUAUUCGACAUCGGCGAAGAAAGCACAAAGCUCUGCGAGAGAUUGACCUGUCAUCCGGAAGUGGUCACCCUAGGAGGACUACGCAUGGAGAACUCCAUGUUCCCCGUUCUUCCCUUUCUACAGAACACGUCGACGAUAAUUCUCUAUGGCGACAUACAUACGGCAUACAGGGAAGCUGAAGUGCAUCUACCUCUUCCUCCACCGACUACCCUGUGGCCCAACACACACGACCUACGUCUCAACAACAUGGAUCCGAUGCAAAUUGUCUCUCUCUGCCCUAAUCUUGCAUGUCUAGACGUGUCUUUUUGGUCCUCGUACACCCAUAGCGCCGGUGUGUACGCAAGCUACAACCCAAGGGACGAAGACUACGCAUACACCAGCAAUACCGCCCUGAUUCCUCCCAUCACCGCGCGUCUGCGUGUCCUCAAUGUUUAUACGGACAGUUUUACGUCGUUCGAUUUAAGCAGGACCGUCAUCAUGACAGUCCGUCUGACAUAUCCCGUGGUGCUCUCGAUGCAGGUCAAUUUCGGCAAUAUGGCGUUCUGGACGCAGCUCGCGGUGCUGGCCAAGCAUCCAAACUCAAGGCUGCGAUACCUCGAUGUGCUGCUAGAUGAGAGCAGUCCACUUGUGCAGAGUUGGCUGGACGAAUGCCUCCCGCUGUUAGCUGACUGCGGGAUUUUAUGCGUGCACCUCAAAUUCGUCAGAUAUGAGCACUAUGUCCAUUGGGGUGAAGGCUCCAGAGCCUCCAAGCCGCCAAUCCGGGGGACUAGUUCAUACUCGUUCAACAAGGCGUGGAAGAAUCUGCGUGACGUGGCCUCGACCAUACUCGUGGAGGCGAUUCCCGACCUACGCUACGCUUUCGUGACAUCUGGAUACACAGUAUUCCACCGCAAUGGUCACGAAAACAAGCCAGUUGUUUGGCAGCCAGAGUGGGGACUCUACUGGCGUGUUGUGCGUCACAGCUUGGGGAAAGCUUCCGAUUCCGAGUCGGCGGACGGUGAUGAAGGACUCGACGGGUCGCGAUUGGUAGGGAUCAGCGACGAGGAGGGGCGGAGGAUCGACGCGCUCAUGCGUAGCGAGGACUUUGCGAGGACUCUGAGGUUCUAAAAGUGUAUGUCUGUUAUGCUAUGGGCGCGAUGCGCGCUGAUGAUCUGGUGAUAUUGCAACUCUGAUGCAGGGAGCGUGACACCGAAAUACUGUUCACUCGUUUGUAACACUCGUUGCUAUAUCCCAUCGUGUAGACUUGUUACCUUUCUCCACAAGGCCGUUGAUGGGCACAGCAUCCCUUUAAUCGUCGAUACUGUGCGCUCCCCAAACUUAUCGCGAGGCUGCAUUCAUCAUCGUCCAGAAAUCACAUCGC